AUGGCUUCAGACUACUGCUUCGUCCGAUUGGGUAACCGACAUUUGAGCAGUUCAUGUAACUGUACUCAAUCUCUAGGCAACAGGGAAACUUUAGAUGGGUGCAAGCUAAUUACUGAAAGGCAAAAGAGAGAGGUUACUUCAUUAGUCACUUGUCGUCUUUUCAAAAAUCUUGGAGGAACAAGUGGUGUCUGGCCUAUGGUGACUGGGAGUGUCCGCCAGGGAAGACCGUCGCCAAACACAUUCCUAGCCAUUUCUAUGAAGUGGGGGCCUAUUUCAAAGGAGAAUGAGGACGAAGUUGAGAGGGUGAGAUCAUUGUUAUCGGAGACGGAGCGGGAGUAUCAACACUUAGUCACGCCGAAAAAUCUGCUAGAGUCUAAACUCUUGCAAGGGAGGAUCGACAAAGGUGGUCAUGACCAUUGA